GUUCUUAGUUUCAGAGUAUACUAAAUUCUCCCUUCUUCAGUUGAAGAACGUAGACAUAACUGGAAAUACAUUCAGUCAUUAGAUAAACGCGAAAGUAUCCUCCACGAUUCUUCGACAUUUAAAAAAAAAUAAUUUUAAUUAAUACCUAAUCGAGUGAAUAAAUAAAUUACUUUUCAAGAAUGAUCUAUUACGUGUGUCCUUGAACUUUCAACGUACACAUUUCUGAAGCUAUGAGUGAAAAUUGGAAGACAAUAUUUGUAACUGGGGGUGCUGGCUAUAUUGCUAGUCAUUGUAUUGUUGAACUUUUAGAAUCUGGAUAUGAUGUAGUAGCCAUAGACAAUUUUGCGAAUAGCGUUGUAGAAGGUAAAGGUGAAUCGGCUGCUCUUAAAAGAGUUGAAAAAAUAACCGGAAAAAAAGUAAUAUUUUACAAUUGUGAUCUAAUCAAUAAAAACAACCUUGAAGAAUUAUUUAAUAAACAUAAAAUAGAUUGUGUCAUUCAUUUUGCGGCAAUAAAAGCAGUUGGUGAAUCCAUGCAAGUUCCACUUCAUUAUUACAAGAAUAAUAUUAUCGGUGCCAUUAAUUUAUUAGAAGUAAUGAAAGCUGCUGGGUGCUUUCAAUUAGUUUUUAGUAGUUCUUGUACAGUAUAUGGAGAACCAAAUGAAUUACCAAUAACCGAAGAACAUCCCACAGGAAAUAUAACUAAUGUAUACGGUCGUACUAAGUAUUUCAUUGAAGAGAUGCUUAAAGAUAUAUCAAGAGCAGAAAAGAGUUGGAAUAUAAUCUCUUUAAGAUAUUUCAACCCAGUAGGUGCUCAUCCUAGCGGAUUAAUAGGAGAAGACCCAACUAAACCAUUUACAAAUUUAAUGCCAUACAUUGCACAAGUUGCAUUAAGGCAUAAAUCUGAAUUGACUAUCUUUGGUGGUGAUUACCCUACAAAGGAUGGAACGGGAAUUCGAGAUUAUAUUCAUGUAAUGGAUUUGGCAUCUGGUCAUGUAGCUGCUUUAAAUGCUUUACAUAAACAACAUGUCAGACUAAAAAUUUACAAUUUAGGUACUGGACAAGGAGUAUCCGUUCUUGAAUUAAUAAAAACAUUUGAAAAAGUGACAGGCUCAACCGUUCCAUAUAUUAUAAAAGAUAGGAGAGAAGGCGACAUUGUUUCGAUGUUUGCUAAUACAGAUUUAGCAAAAAAAGAACUUGGAUGGAAAACUAAACACAAUGUUGAACGAAUGUGUGAAGAUUUUUGGAGGUGGCAAACCAUGAAUCCAUAUGGUUAUCGUGCGCCAAUUAAAAAUGGCGUUCAUUAUCAUGUAAAUAAUACUACAUAAAUUUAUAAGACUUGUAUAAUUAACAAAUAAAUAAUUUAU